UCUGAGUUCAGGAAGAGCAGCGGUGGAGAGAGAGAGAGAGAGAGCGGGGGGUUGGGGGAGCAGCAGCUGCGCAUUGUUUUCAUCCUGAUACAGCUCCGUUCACACGGUGUGUCUCCGGCUCGGUUUAUUCAGGUGCUGUCGAGGGGAGCAGCCGCUUUGCCGGUCGCUCUCAGGGUUCUGAUCCUGGGGUCCGGCUGACGCUGGAGUCGACGCGAUGAGUUCGCCUGGACCAUGGGACUGAGAAAUGAAACAAGUAGCGGCACUGUAGAAAUGCUCCUACAGUUCUUAGAAACUCAUUUUUGGGAAUCGUUUGCCUUUGGAGGUGAAAGUAGGCCCAAUAUCAGCCUAAAUAGAAUUCCUGUUUGCCAGCUAUACUAGCUUCACAUCAAUUCUGACUUCGGGGUUUUUUCAUUUAUGCCAAUAUGGAUUAGAUUCCACGUUGCCAAAAGGCAUGUCAAGAUGCAAACUGCCUGUGACACCUACCAACAAAAUAAAGUCGGGGAAUCUUGGCUACUCUGGUUUCUACACAUAACACUGUGUUGUGGUACUGCGAUGCUGUCCUAAGGCCCCAGUAUCCAGACUUGUGAAGUGCUACACUCUUAUCAUCGUCUGCUCAUGCAUUACUAUUGCACUCAAUGUUCUAACAUUUCGUGGGUCUAAUCUGAAUUCCAACACAAGAAGUCAUGGGUGGAGCUGUGAGUGCUGGUGAAGACAAUGAUGAUUUAAUUGACAACUUAAAAGAAGCCCAGUACAUUCGUACUGAGAAAGUGGAGCGAGCCUUUAGGGCCAUUGAUCGUGCAGAUUAUUAUUUGGAGGGAUACAGGGAAAAUGCUUAUAAGGACUUGGCUUGGAAGCACGGAAACAUACAUCUGUCAGCACCUUGUAUCUACUCUGAAGUUAUGGAAGCACUGAAACUUCAACCAGGAUUGUCUUUCCUGAACCUUGGCAGUGGAACUGGCUAUUUGAGUACAAUGGUGGGCUUAAUUUUAGGCCCUUUUGGGAUAAACCAUGGAAUUGAGAUUCAUGCUGAUGUAGUAGAUUACGCCACAGAAAAGUUGGACAAUUUUAUAAAAAACAGUGAUAGUUUUGAUAAGUUUGAAUUCUGUGAGCCAGUGUUUGUGGUUGGGAACUGCUUGGAUGUUUUGUCAGACAAUCUUCAGUAUGACCGCGUUUAUUGCGGAGCUGGAGUUCAAAAGGAUCAUGAGAAUUACAUGAAAAUAUUUCUGAAAAUUGGUGGAAUUCUUGUAAUGCCAAUGGAAGAUCAGUGCCGUCCUUCUCUACAGCUUACUCAGAUAAUACGCACAGGACAAAAUACAUGGGAAACCAAAAACAUAUUGGCUGUUUCAUUUGCUCCUCUUAUCCUACCAAACAGAUCUGAUUGCUUCAAAUCAGAGAAUGUAAAACUACCACCGGUAACUGUACGAUGCCUGCAGGACUUGGCAAGAAUUUACAUUCGCCGUAAUCUUAGAAACUUGAUAAAUCAAGAGAUUCAGGCCAAAGGCAUUCCUCAGAAGGUUGCACCAAAACGGAAGCGCAAGAAGCUUCGCAGGCGUAAAAUUGAUACCUAUGUAUUUGUGGGCAAUCAGUUGAUACCUCAGCCGUUUGACAGUGAUGAGGAUGAUAAAAUGGAAGAAAAUAGGGAAGAAGAAGAAAAAGAAAUGAAUGAAGAUCUCAAACAGGAAGAGGCUUCUCCAAAUUUGCUUCGUGAAAGAAUUCUGAGUCUGCCACUUCCAGAAUCUUUGAAAGCGUACCUAACCUUCUAUAGACAAAAAUAGCACUGAACAAAAAUAAUCCUGAAGGUAUCUAUGUUAACUGAUAUCUCUUAAUUCUUCAAUGUAGCAUUUUCUAGAGUAAUCACUCCAAAAAAGACAUUUGCUUGAAUAUAAAGCAGGUUUCAAUAUUGAAAGUAUGAUUAAAUUGGUUUGACUUGAUUACUUUUAAUUCAUUGAGUAUGAAUAACUUAACCUUUACCAGUGAAGGGAAUCAUUAUGUUCAGAUGCUGAGCUCACACUUAGAGAUUCAAUCAGAAUACUUCAGAUUAUACAUAUUAAUCUUGAGAUUUCUGAUGACACAAUAAGAACAUUUUGAGACGAUGGAUUUCACAUUUUCUAUGAGAAGAUAAAAAGUAGGUUAUUUUUAAAGUUGCAUUAAGGUUUUAAACAUUUAAGUGGUGAGUACCAUUUAAUAUAACUUGAUUAACCAGAUUUGCUAGUGCAAUUAGCAAUUUUUACUUACUUUAUUACCACUUCCCUUCAUAAGUCAUGCAUGCGCAACCAUACAAUGAAUAACGGACAUAAAGCAAUGUACUUGUUUAACUUUGAGAACUAUAUUAACCUGAGGAAAUAUUUUCUGUGACAAUGCAAAAAAUAUAUAUGGCCUCUCAGAACAAUUCAGUACAAAAGUGGAUUUAGCUAUACCAGCAGUAAUUGGUAAUUGUACAACUACUUAAUUAUGUGUUUACAGCCCAUAAGUUAAUAACUUGGCAGGUCCUUUAAUUGGGCAUUGACACAAGUAAAGGUUUCAUAUUAUUGAGGAUGAAUAAGGUUUAGACUUAAAGUAUCAUAAUGUCCUUAUACAGCAGAUGCACUUUAGAAUUUAGGAAAAGUUUGCCAAGACUUUUAAACUUUUUGACAAAAACUUGCUUUGUGACUUAUUAUUUUUUUGAGCUUCAUUCUUCUAGUGUUAGGACAAUGAAAAUGCUGUUACCUUUUUCACUUUGAAAUUACUUUGGGAUAGUAAAUACCUUUAAACAGUACUCUGGGACCUUAGGGAUUAUGUAGCAAAUUUGCAAAAAAGUAAGGCAAUAUACCAUGGCCACUGAUUUGCUUACUGUAGUACUUUGUUCAUUUGCACCUCUCCUGAAUCAUUAGUUUGUGUACGGCUCAGGGAGAGGACACUGAGGGAUCUUUUCUUGAUAACUUGUACAGUAGGUUAUACUGGUGUACCAAGAUGAUUAAUCCAUGGUGGAUUGUGAACUUGGUGAUGAUACUUGGAGUGAUAUUCAGGUAAAUAUUAGACUUUUUGUACAGACAUUGAAAAAUCUUUUUUCCUGCACUGUUUGUCAUUUGACCUAUUAUAUACAGUAGUUAAAAAAAUAGAUGUAUUUUCAUAGAAAUGUAAUUUUCUGCAACUUUGAUCAAGAAAUAUAAAUUCAUCUUUAGAAGUGUUGCUUUUUGGUGUCAAAAAUAUGGUUUGCUUUGUUUCAUAGAAUUACUAAUUGCAAACACUUGCAGUUCAGUGAAAGUUCAAUUUAAAUGAAUAUGUUUGCUUCUGUAUACAUUUAUUUGGGGAAAUAUUUUGCAAUAAAAUUGAUAUUGUUUGUCA